AUGGCAGCCGUCAGCGUAACCAACAUUCGCGUCCUGAACAACCCCUGUCCCCUGAAUGCGCCUUUCCUCUUCGAAAUCCACUUCGAGUCUCAACAGGCCCUGAAGCACGAUGUCGAAUGGAGGGUCGUCUAUGUCGGCUCAGGGGAGCACCACAGCACGCCGCCGUAUCCGCAGAAACACAAAUCAGCAGCGGGGGCAGCCGGAGGGUCCAGCGGAACUGCGCAAGCGGGGGGCGUCGAUGGCACAGAGGGCAGCAUGCAUGCAGACGGGGAAGCUGGAAAUCAGGCAGCCCCUUCAGCAAGCAACAACAGUGCCAAGAAAACUCCGAGUAGAGGGGCAGACUAUGUGCUGGACAGCGUGCUCUUGGGCCCCAUAGAGAGGGGCGCACUGGCCUUCGAAUUCGCCGUAAACGCUCCAGAUUUCACGCAGAUGGACCCUGGGAGUGUUGAGGGGAUGCAGGCAGUGCUGGUUUGCGGGCUUUACAAGGAAAAGGAGUUCGUCCGCAUCGGCUACUACCUAAACAACGCAUACAGCGAUCCUGCCCUGCGAGAAAACCCCCCAGAAUCGCCAAUCUAUGAGCGACUCGUACGUUGUGUAGUGGACGCUCCACGAGUAACGCGCUUCCAAAUCGAGUGGGAUGAUGAGGGACCGUCUGGGGCCCCCGAUGCUCAAAACGCACUGCAGCCAAGCUCCAAGCACGCCUUCAACACGCAGGCUACGACGAAAGCUGAACAUGCUGCUGCUGUUGGCGGCGAGGAGACCUCGCCGGCGCCUCAUGGAGGAGUAAGCCAACCGAUGGACCGCAGAGAUUUUAAGCGCAAAAGAGUUGAGGGGCCCCCCAGCCCGAAGGUUCCCGAUACUCCCAACGGGGAGGCUCCACUUACUAAAGCCGAGGGGGGAAGCGAGGCCUGA